CGUUUCAAAAGCCGAAGGGUUGAACAGUCGGCUCAUGAUGUUUCUGAAAUGAGAACUCAUAGGCCUUUUCGCCGGUUGACGGGACAAGUGCAACUUGCAAUGCGACUCGAUAAUCCUGUAUCCGUGGCAAAAAGCCAGUCUGGACGGAUACGAACCAGACACAUUGCAAAGAUAACCGCUACCCUCUCGGCACAAUCACACAUCACUCGGCAAAGUGGAGAUUGUGAUCGCGUUGGAUAUCAAUCAGCGCAACGGAGUGGAUAACUAUCUCGAGCGAGAUUUUACGUGGACUAUGCACGGGUUCCUUUGACAAAACAUCGCCACUUCAAACGCACAAGAGGUGGGUCCGACAUAGGGGGUAUGUUUGAAUAUUCCAGGCCAGGGCCAGACCCCUGUUUCAUGUCGCCUUUCCCAGGCACUGAUGUCACGGGGCAUUACGGUCUUGGUGUCCCGGGUGUGACUGAAGAACCAAUCGACAAGAUUAGAACGGAUAUUAUGAGUGCUUUCGAUAAGGCACUGGGGUUGUGGGAGUUAUCUAAUCCGGAUGAUGGAGCCACGCAGCUGUGAGCCUCGAGCUGAUGGUUUGGUGCCCCUGCGUUGGGCUUUUCGAAAGCGUCUAUUCUUCGCCUCCCUAUGUGUCAGGCUUGAUCUUAUGCAACACGCAAUUCUUAGUCCCAUUCCGACUCCUUGACUAUUGGUCGUGUUCGCC